AUGGAUCUCGGUGAAAUUGGAGGUGAUGAUGAGGAGGAAAUGAAUGAAGAACAUACCAGAGAUCCCAACUUGAUAGCCAGCAAGAGUGGUGAAAAAAAUAGCCGCCAAGCAAAUAUCUUCCUACAGAGUGUAAACAAGAGAUGCAAUUACCUGCAAGGUCUCCUCAGUAUCUUCCUGCACUCAACUGGGGCCCCCGAGAAAGUUGUUGAGGUCCUUGCACACACUGGCUUGUCUGCAGUGAACUCUAUGUCACAUGGGAUCUCAAGUCAAAUCAAACAAGCUGUGCAGUCUAUGCGCGGACAUUUCGGACAUUUUGCAAAUCAGCUUGCUGAGCCAGACCCUGUAACCCAGAUCCCGCUGCAUAAAACAGAUCAGAUAACUUGUCGUGCUAUGAAAAUAAAACAGUCUACAUCAGAUGGCAAUAUUGAAGCCUUGGAGAAUCUACUAAGGCAAGGUGAUGAGGAUUUUGAUCUUGAUCAUGACAAGGACAUGUCAGAAUAUGUUCUCUUUGUCCAUGGGGACUUACUCACAAAAGAGCGGAUUGAUGCUGUUCGCCAUUCUUGCCGCAUUGAAAGAACACCAAAGGAUUGGUUUCAAUACAUUGUGUUUCUGCCAGGGCUCUUCCAUUAUAAAAUGGCAUGUGCUGAUGCAAUCUGGCGGACAUACCUGCAGCCUGCAGACUCUCAAAGCGACCCAAAUAGCUUAUAUGAGCACAUUGGGAUGCUGCGUCCUAAAGAGACAGGAAAGCUCAUCAGCAAGCCUGGAUUCAGGCGUAUGCACAACAUUGUGCACCAUGACUUGACAGGAUCAAUGCUUAACUGCUGGCAACAUAAGAUUACCAAAAGAAAUCCACAGUGCUCAUCAAUUGAGCUGUUUGCAACUACAAAACCCACAUGGGAGGACAUAGUUGACAUGUCCGACGCAAUUGUGGCCAAGUAUAUUGGGACCAGUCCUGAUUUGCAUAAAGAACGCAGCAAACCUUUCCACGAGCGUGACAAAGUGUAUGGAAACCAACUCCUCCACAAUUGUGAUGAGCUCAUGUAUGUUGAUUUAUGCCAUGCCAUGAAUUCUGGAGAUGUGGGUCAUGUUGAGGCCUCGUUCUUGCCAUGGAUACAUAUCUUUGUCACUGUUGGGAAGCAUAAGUAUGCAGCACAAAUAAGCAAAAUUUUAUGUGACCUUUGCUAUCAAUACCCUCCAGAUUUGAGUCAAUUGAUACACCUUAACCUGCUGUGCAAUCCAAAGGGUGUGACUGGGGCAUGGUGUGCCAUUGAUUGGCUAGUGGAGCGGAACAACCUGUACACAAAGGUAAUUGUUUCAGGAUUGGGUUCAAAUUGCACAAUAGACCACAUCAUCGAACAUUCACCUCUCAUUGAAGUCUUCCGUCACUGCCAUAUUAUUGUCAAAAACCCAUUCCACCUCCUCCACCAUACAAUCCGCCACCAACCACCAGAUAUGACCAAGACAAUUGAAAAACUUACAAAGCGGCUUUUAGAGACUAAACCACACAAGUUUACUGCCGGUCGUAGCAAGCGGCUUUGGGAUUAUACAAAAAAAGGGGUAGGAGUAUCUACAUCUGGGGAGGGCGAUAUGAGCAAGAUCAACAAUGCAGUCGAGGAUUUUGUUGGCGAUGACAAGUUGGGCCCCAAAAAAGUCGACAUCUCCAUAACCAGCAUCAACCAUCUGCUUCUCUUGUGUUUAGCACACGAUGCACAAGUCCUGGUUGCAAAUAUCGCAACAAAGCCGCGACAAACAACAGCUGCAUCUCUCACACUCACACCUGUCGCCACCAUUCUCACUGUGUUCUUCACUGCAGACUCGGAGCUGGAUGCCAACUCAAGGUGCCAUCACUACAUCCCCAUCACCACCACUAUUGCCACUGCCCUCCUCAGGCUCGGCCUCAACAAAUGGCUCUUUGUUCGACGGACCUUCAUCAUCUUCAUGCACGCCCAAACUGUUGUAAGAGCGAACACAGAGAUUUUGUAUACCCCCAUUGUAUCACAAGCUUAA